AUGGUUGACGGCAAUUCUCCCUCGUGGAUGUCAUCCGAGGUGUACAGCGAGCCGAUCAAGAGGUUCUCUUGCCCGGAAGAGCCCGAAGCCGGCUACCCGACCGAGUGGCCGCUGCUCGACCUGCUCGCCAACUGGAACCCCGGGAACGCGUCCGGAGUUCCGGAGAGGCAUUUUCUCGGGGUUUGCAGGUUUGACUACCAGACGGAGCUACACAAGGCGCAAGCAUACAGUCUCCGUGAGGUGCCGUUCAUUGUCUUCAACGUGCCUGAGUUGGACCGGGCCGUUCAGGAGUGGAGCAACCCGGCCAAGCUGACCGCUGCUCUCGGAGACCACUUGUACAGCAUUGACGUCUCUUCCAGCCACCGUUUCCUCUACUACGGAAAACGCAGCUGGGAUCGGCCGCCAGGCUGGACACCGCCCACACGAAGAAUCUUGGACACUUUCGACGCUUGGUUGCGGCAUGCUCUCGGGAUUCGCCGACUAGAGGACCACCAGCCUGCCCGUGACAACGACCACAUUGUUGAGGCGAGCGACGGGCCCGGCCAAACGACCGACCACUCGCGCGCGGAUAAGGAUAAGGACUUCCUCGCGCCAUACGGCGGGGAACAGUGCGACCGUUCUCAGGACCGUUCUCAGGGCCGUUCUCCGGACCAAGGCGAGGAAUGGUUCCAAGGCGGAAGGGAUAGCAACGCCGAGAGUCAAGUGGUGCGGGGAGAGGAGACGAGACAAGAAUCUCCCGCAAGCAAGGCGCACUACUACCUGAAGUUCUCCUCCACCGUGGAAAGGCCGAACCGGUUCGUGGACCGUUCUUUGCCGUUUUUCGUCCCUCCUGCACAGCCUCUGGAAACGUACGACGACGAGUUCUCGGAAAGCUUGGCAUACAACGACUAUGGUUUUAGCCCAGCCGAGGGGGAUUAUCCUGCCGGAAAAAAGGGACGUCGAAGAAAAAGUUCGAGGGAGAGCAGGUGGACCGAGCAAGAUGCAUGGCCACCGCACCAGCGUCGGCAUUCGGAGGAUGAGUUGGAGGGCGGGGAAGAACAGGAACCAACCGAUGGUGAAAUUCGCAUGCUCGAGGGCGCAGCGGGGAGUGACAAGGAUGAAACCGACAUUUUCUUGAGGGAUGCGUCGGCUACGAAGGGGAUCCACUGCCGCCUAGGGAUGGAUGGGGUGAUGUCGGAGGGCCACUACGACGGGUCGCGGAACAUGGUGGCGCUCCUGGCCGGAAAACGUCGUUGGAUUCUGUCCAAUCCUCACAACUGCGCCCACAUGCACAUGUUCCGGAAGGGUCACCCCUCCGCUCGACACACGUCCGCGGACUGGACGGACCCGAACGUGGCGGCGCAGUUCCCACAUCUACAGGAGGCCACCGCGAACGAGGUCAUCCUAAGAGCUGGGGAGGCCCUCUUCGUGCCGGAGCACUGGAUCCACUCCAUCGUCAACAUCGGGGUCAGCGCGCAGUGCAACAGCCGAUCUGGAAAGUCCAACCUGUACCGGCCGGUCAUUAAAGAAUGCGAAGGUAACGCGCACGCCGAGUGA